CUUAACAUUACAAUUUUCAGUCGGUGUUAAAGACGCUUUUAAGUUUUCCUCAAUUUUUCACUGAAAUUACCGCAUUUCCCUCACACAAAAUGAAAUCCACGACAGAAACAGAACUCACGGAACAAGAAGCCGAAUUGUACGAUCGUCAAAUCCGCUUGUGGGGUCUCGAAAGUCAAAAAAGAUUGCGUUCCGCCCGCAUCUUAAUUGCCGGCCUGAAUGGAUGCGGAGCUGAAGUAGCGAAAAAUAUCAUUUUAACGGGCGUCAAAUCCGUCACGUUGCUCGACGACAAACUUGUGACUGAAAAUGACUUUUGCUCGCAAUUCCUCGUUCCGCAGACAGCAGUUGGAAAGAAUCGCGCCGAGGCAUCGGAGAAACGAGCACAAGCCCUGAACCCGAUGGUGGAAGUAAAAGUCGACAUUGGCAACUUUGCGGAUCGAUCCGACGAAUAUUUCCGUGAUUUUGAUGUCGUUUGCAUUGGAGAAGGAAAAACGGCGGAUCUGGUGCGAGUGGAUAAGGUUUGUCGUGCGGCAAAUGUCAAAUUUUUCGCUUUUGAUCUCUGGGGAAUGUUUGGAUAUUGCUUUGCGGAUUUGAAGGAACAUGAAUUUUCGAUGGAAGUAAUGAAACACGCAGUCGUCUCAGACCCAAACAACAAAGGACAAAAACCCAAAACGGAACUUGUGGCUCAUAACACGAUGCAAAAGCAAAGUUAUUGUUCCUUAUCGGACUCGUUAUCGGUCCCCUUGGCCAAGUACAUCAGUCCUCGUCACCUGAAACGCGUCGGAAAUGGGUAUCCAAUGUUGAAAAUUAUGCAACGAUUCCGCGAUGACUACGGACGUGAUCCCCAACCAAGUUCCCGUCAAGAAGAUCUUGUCAAAUUAUUGGAAAUUCGUGACUUGCUGGCUCCGAAUGUCAUUUCCGAUGAGGCUUUUGAGCAUGUUUUCGCUCAAAUCUCGCCCGCAGCUGCUGUGGUUGGAGGACAAGUGGCUCAGGAGAUCAUCAAAACCGUUUCUCAGAAGGAAGCUCCUUUGCACAACGUUUUCUUGUUCGAUCCGGAGAAGAGUUGUGGCUACAUUGAACUCAUCGAGCCACCAACAGUCGUUCUAGAGUAAAACUUAAACGUUAAAAAGAGAAGAAUUUCCAUUAAUAAAGUAUUUUUCAUUAAUUUUUCAAAGCCAAUGU